CAACCUGAGGAGACUGACCUGAAAGCAGUGAGAGAAAAGCAGGACCACUGAGCCACAACAACAGACUGCACCUCAGAGAGAAAAGGUCAGACAGAGCCACCAAAUACCUGUCAGAUAAAGAUAAAGGGAAGAGAAAGAGUGUGAUAAAGAGAGAAAGAGGAAAAACAGGGAGAUACUAAGUGCUGAGCAACAGGUCAGGGGCAAUAAGCUCAAGAGUUCAACAUUCCAGCUCGAGUUACCAGGACACACAGAGAGAAACAGGCUGAGAGGACAGGCUCCCUGAGACAGGGCAAGAGAGAGACGUGAGUACUAGAAAGAUCUCUGUGACAGAGCUUUCGCACAGUGCAGAUUGAUCCCUCAAGGAUGUGGCUCCAGGUAGCCGUGUGUCUGUCCUGUUUACUUCUGGGGGGUCAGGGUCAGGAGAGGGCUGCUUUCUACAGGAGCAAUGACCGGAACAGCCGCUGCCAGUACACCUUCACCGUGGCCAGCCCCGCAGAGAGCAGCUGCCCGACGGCGGUCGGGGGCGCGGAGAUGGACUCCCUGAAGUCCCGGCUGACGCUGCUGGAGUCCCUGGUGAGCCGCCUGGUGGGAGGGGAUGCCGGAGCGGUCGGAGCCGUGCCAGACGCAGGGCUGCAGGAAGCCUACACGCAGGCCAUGGGGGAGAACAGCCAGCUGCAGCGGGACAAGGAGAGGCUGGACAGGCAGGUGCAGGAGCUGCAGAGGAGGGUGGAGGAGCAGCGCCAGGAGACGGAGAGGCUCCUGGCCAGACCCUGCCAGGCGCCCAGCGCCGCACUGCAGGACCAGAGGCCAGCCAGCGGAUCAAACAUCCUCUCCCACCUGGUGUCUGGAAACAGAGGACAGAGUGAGACAGUCGGGGCGAGAGACCCUGCCUGGCAGCAUGGCAGUCCCGGCUAUCAGGAGUUGAAGGCAGAAGUGACAGAGGUUCCUGCACCCAAACAGAUUCAGGAAAGCAGCCAGGAAAACACAGGCUGCGGUGAGCUGGUGUCAAUAGGGGAGCCGGUGUCUCACCGCAGGGCGGAAGGCAUCGCCGGCAAGUACGGCGUGUGGAUGCAGGACCCGGAGGCGGUGGCCCCGUACGGCACCCAGAUGCUGUGGCGCAUCAACACGGUGGGCACGGAGGUGAGGGAGCUCUUCGGCUACGAGGACAUGGACCAGCUCAGCCUGGGCUUCCCCACCAAAGUGCUGCUCCUGCCGGAGCCCGUGGAGAGCACGGGGGCCACCAUGUACCGCGGCUCCCUGUACUACCAGCGGCGGCGCAGCCGCACCCUGCUGCGCUACGACCUGGCCACCGAGAGCAUCGCCUCCCGCCGAGACCUCCCCCACGCCGGCUUCCACGGCCAGUUCCCCUACUCCUGGGGCGGCUACACCGACAUCGACCUGGCCGUGGAUGAGCAGGGCCUGUGGGCCAUCUACAGCACCAACAAGGCCAAGGGCGCCAUCGUGGCCUCGCAGCUGGACCCCAACAGCCUGGAGGUGAAGAAGAGCUGGGAGACCAACAUCCGCAAGAACACGGUGGCCAACGCCUUCAUGAUCUGCGGCCGGCUCUACACGGUGGCCAGCUACAGCUCGCCCAACACCACCGUCAACUACAUGUUCGACACCGCUACCAGCGAGAGCAAGUCCGUGGCCGUGCCCCUUCGGAACCGCUACCGCUACAACAGCAUGGUAGACUACAACCGCGUCCAGAGGAAGCUCUUCGCCUGGGACAACUUCCACAUGGUCUCCUACGACGUACGGCUGGGCAAGCCGGAAGCCAACUGAGAGGGACCGGUAAAGAUGAUCCCAGCGAAAGCCUAACAAUCGCAGAUGCCUUCCCGUUGCAAACAUUUCCUCUCCCGCUGUCCCUUUCAGAGUGCUGAUAAUCGGACUCCUCGUCCAGCCGAGCCGCAGACUGAAAGGCAUCGCCCACAGCUCACGACUGCAUGCUCACCGUCACAGCAGAAAGCACGAAGACUUGGCACGCGUCAGUCAAUUUGAGAUGAAAGCUUUGUUCUGACAACUUUGAACUGAGCCCCUAUGGUGCACUCAUCUCUGAAGGGUUCUUAUCCACUGGCGUGGUCCAUUCCAGUGCUAAUGAUUCACUAUUUUUCUGUUGCCAUUUCUUUUUUGCAUACAGCACUGAGGGCAGGGAGACUAGUCAGAAAUCUGUCUAAGAAAAGUAUGUGUAAAUAGUUAAUCUAAAUGUGUGUUAUACAUGUAUGUAUACACACACCAUCCAUAUUUGAUGGGUCACCUGUUGAAGUGUUUUAUGCUUUAACCUACACUGUAUAUAAGAUGGAAAUAUUCUAUAACAUAUCCUGCUUUCCCCUGUACAUAAUGGUGAACUGGCUCCUUUAAGAAAACACUUGUCAUUUAUUUACUCUGUGUAGUAUCAGUGCUAGCGCUACCAAUAUUGAAAAAUGUAAAUUCAUAUUCUUAAGGUCAAUAAAGAUUGUAUGAACUUU